AUGUCUUCCUCUGAGUCGCUGCAUUCGCAGAAGAUAGACAGUCGCUUCAGCACUCCAGCUCCAGAGUUGGACGACCAUCGCCGCAAUCUGGGAGUGCUUCCAGCGCGUGACACUUCCUCAAUUGUCGAGGCAGAGUUGCCAGGCCCCAAACCGAGUACGAUCGAUGAGAGAGACCUUGCACAAGUUGACAAAGCGCUCCUCAACACCCUUGCCCAAGAGACAGACCCAAUCGCGCGUGACUUUGAACAAGCAAUCGUCGACGAUGACAAAAGCGACGCGGAAGACGCUCCGCACGGGAGCGGAAGAAAGCCCUCUUUCCUUGGUAGAAGACUCACCAACCGGGAAGGGCGGCCACGCAUCCCACGUCUUGAUCGGUCGCGAGACUCCUCUUCCUCGCGUUCCACUUCACCCGCGAAUUCCAUCGAGGCUUUCGCAGAGCCUCGCCGCCGAGCUCGGGCAAAUACUGCCGGGAGUCAUUCAUCUUCGAUUCUCGAGAAUAUUCGCAACCGCACGCAGUCAGGCGGUACGGAUCAAAGACGUCCCACUCUGACUAAUAUCAGUAUUCCGGCGCCGCCCACGCUGCGAACAGAACGGGAUGCGAAUGAUGAUAUUACAUUCCCCACAGAUGAGGAGCCAGGCAAAACCUACAAGAUUGAUUUUGAGGAACUGGAAGAGUUUGUUGCCUUGAGUGCUCAAGGGAAGAUUCCAGAUGAACCAGCGGGCUAUGAGUCAAAUGACAGCCGGAUGUUUGGAGAUCUUCGAAAGUUUGAAAAUCCAGGCGGAGUGGUCCAUGCGAUACUCAACGGCGACAAUUUCUACGAGAAGCCAUUGGUUCAUUACGACACAAAUGGUACCCUACCUCCUUCGAAUGAAGACAGACUUACGCUGAAGGAAAAGCACCGUCCCACAAAGCCUGCCGAGCGGUUCUUCUUAUUCACUUCGGGACUAGUUCAAGGGAAGAGUGCAACCGCCUUAGGUGAUUUCGUUUCAGACGGCACCACCUUUCGAGAUUUAUUUGAAGUCGGACCCGAUGGCGGUGUCUGGUGGCUAGACUGCCUCAACCCGACCAGAGCAGAGCUCGAGGUACUCUGCAAAGCAUUCAAAAUCCAUCGUCUCACCCGAGAGGACAUUGAAACCCAAGAAGCCCGUGAGAAGGUCGAACUCUUCUCGCAGUACUACUUCGUCUGUUUUCGAUCUUUUGUCAUGGAUAAAUCGAGCGAAGAUUUCCUGGACCCCAUCCAUAUUUACAUUGUUGUCUGCGGGGAUGGCGUCCUUAGCUUCAGCUAUACCAAGAAUCCUCACUCGCGGAACGUCCACAGGCGGAUCUCCAAACUGGGCGACUUCAUCUCGCUCGGCCCAGACUACAUUUGCUAUGCAAUGAUCGAUGACAUCGUCGACUCCUUUGCUCCCAUUAUCCGGGACGCGGAGCACGAAUCGGAAAACAUUGAAGACCAAGUGUUUAUUGCCCGCGAAGACGACUUCCUGGCCCUCCUCCGCCAGAUCGGCGAAUGCCGCAAGCGCGUGCUUGACAUGAUGCGGCUGCUAGGCGGCAAGGCGGAUGUCAUCAAGGGCUUCGCAAAGCGCUGCAAUGACCAGUAUCAGGUGGCACCACGAGGCGACAUCGGACUGUACCUCGGCGAUAUUCAAGACCACGUGGUCACCAUGAUGUCAAACUUGACCCACGUCGAGAAGAUGCUCAGCCGCUCGCACGCCAACUAUCUUGCCCAGCUGAAUGUCGACAACAUCCUGAAGGGCAAUCAUACCAACAAAGCCCUUGCUAAAAUCACCGUUGUCGCCACCAUCCUCGUGCCACUGAACCUCAUCACCGGCCUAUUCGGCAUGAACGUCAACGUGCCCGGACACGAUACGGCAGGCCUGUACUGGUUUUUUGGUAUCAUCGGGGUCAUCUGUCUUUUUGUGGCAACUAUGUUGACUAUCGCGAGGAAGUUGCGGGCUAUCUGA